CCCAUAUCUUCCUCUGCUCACAAACCAUACUCUCUUUUCUUAUCCAAACCUCCCAUGCCACUAGCCUUUGCUAUCACUUCACCCACCAUUUCACACCACUUGCAUUUCUAACACACAACAAUGUUGUCUAUGUCAGUUCAAAGUGGCAUCAAGGGCUCUUUUACUCGCCCUUCUUUCCCUUCAUGCAAUGUGAAGCACCAGGCCUUGGCAUUGCCACAUUUUUCUCAGAGCUUUGGCGUUAAGAGCAAGCCGUUUAGGAGAAUCAGGAGCUUGUGUGUUUCGGCUACUGCGGAAGCUGAAGCUGUUGUGUCGGAAACACCUGAAGAUGGUUCGGACCAAGAACCUGAGAAGCUGAAAGUGGGAGUGAAGGAAGGGGAGAAACCGACACUGGUGUUGAAGUUCAUAUGGAUGGAGAAGAACAUCGGUCUGGCUCUCGACCAGAAGAUACCAGGCCAUGGCACCAUUCCUCUGAGUCCUUACUACUUCUGGCCGAGGAAAGAUGCGUGGGAAGAGCUUAAGACGACACUGGAAAGCAAACCAUGGAUAUCGCAAAAGAAGAUGAUCAUUCUUCUGAAUCAGGCUACUGAUAUCAUCAACUUAUGGCAACAAAGUGGAGGCAAUUUGUCUGGACAGCAGUGAUAUUUGUUCUUGGUAAACAAUGAGGCAGCUUCUGGUUCUUGUUUCUAAUGAAAACUCUUUAGUUUAUUGUUUUGAAUUUUAAUCCACAAUAGUUGUAACUUUUGAUUUAUUCAUCCAAUCAUAAAAAACGGAAGUAGAGGAACCAAUUUGUUGUUUCUGACAACCUUUGCAGUAUACUAAUUUUACUCACUGUUGUUGGAAGCUAGCAAUCUAUUACAAUAAGUAUAUAGGAAUAGAUUUUCCAAUUAAAGGGGAAUUCGACA